ACACACACACACACACACACACACACUCACACACACACGGUCAUGCAGAGGGAGAAAGCAGGGGGGAGGGAGACAGAGAGGUAGAGCGCCACACACAACGAGGGAACCCCAUCAGCUGGAAGUCGAGUAACAUUACAACUCUCAGCAGCCUCAAAGAACUACAUUAGGCGGUCGAGAGGAUCGUAUAUUCUUUAAGGAUUUAUCCCACGUCAGAUCACGGUUUUUUUUUUGCUGCUGAACAGUCAUCGUUUUGCGUUGAUUCCACGGAGACUGCUCUUUUUUUUUUUUUUUUUACUGGGGGACCAAACUGGCGAGGAGCGAGCAUGGAGUAUUUCAUGGUACCAGCUCAGAAGGUGCCCUCAUUGCAACAUUUCAGGAAAACGGAGAAAGAAGUGAUCGGUGGUCUUUGUAGUUUGGCAAACAUUCCUCUAACCCCAGAAACAGCCCGGGACCAAGAAAGGCGAAUUCGAAGGGAGAUUGCCAACAGCAACGAGCGUCGGCGUAUGCAGAGCAUCAAUGCCGGAUUCCAGUCACUUAAAACACUCAUCCCACACAGUGAUGGAGAGAAGCUCAGCAAGGCUGCCAUCCUGCAGCAGACGGCAGAAUACAUUUUCACCCUGGAGCAGGAGAAGACACGGCUGUUGCAGCAAAAUAGUCAGCUCAAACGAAUCAUACAGGUGCGGAACAACAGCAAAGUCCUACGCGCAAAAGAAUUAAGCGGUUCCUCCCCCAAGAGGAGGCGUGCAGAGGAGAAAGACGAAGGCAUUGGUUCGCCCGACAUCCUGGAGGAGGAGAAGACGGAGGACUUGAGGAAGGAGAUGAUUGAGCUGCGGCAGCAGCUGGAGAAGGAGCGCUCGGUCAGGAUGAUGCUGGAAGAUCAGAUGCGUUCCCUGGACGCUCAGUUGUACCCAGAGAAGCUGAAGGUGAUCGCCCAGCAGCUCCAGGAGCAGCAGGCCCAGACGCAGGGCCUGGUCCGUCUGCAGCAGAAGACGCUGGAGAGGGACCUCACUCCAGCCCACAGCCCUCAGGUGCUGGCCCCGGCAACCCCCCCUGCGCCCACCCAUCACGCCACCGUCAUCGUCCCUGCACCUGUUCAGACCCCUCAGUCCCAUCAUGUCACUGUGGUAACCAUGGGCCCCUCAUCGGUUAUCAACUCAGUGUCCACAUCCCGACAGAACCUGGACACUAUUGUCCAAGCAAUCCAGCACAUUGAAGGCACCCAGGGGAAGGGCGGGGAGGAAGAGCAGCGGAGGGCGGUCAUCGUCACCUCUGGCCGGGUCCUCUCCGACGCGGCGGGCUCGGACACGGCCUCAAACAGCGACGGGCCGGAUGACUGUUCACUGCCUUGAGUUUCCUGACGUGACGCGCGCCGCACUCUUGCAUACAUGCGCACAUUUACACAUAAGAGGCCCUUGCAGACCAGGGCGAGGAGAGGCGGCAAACUCACAGCACUCUUGUUCUGUGGACUUUAACAGGGCUGGUAGUAUGAUUGAAGCACUCAUUUUUAACAAAUUUUUGUUUAGUUUCUUUCUCUCUUUCCAAUACUUCAAAAGAUUUACAGCGAUAGGCAGCCCAGUUAGGUUUACAUACACUUACUUUUACUCUCAUGCAGUCUCUUCUGCAUCUGUCUCUGCUUGUCUCCAGCCCCUGCUCUCAUUCACCUGCACAAACUCACAACUCUUCGUUGAGCUAUAGAAAGGUUAUUAGAGCUACUCGUUUGCCGACCGAUUUAUAAAUGCUCUCUCAAACUGGAUGCUAGUAUUUAGAAUGUCUGCUAAACAUCUCCAUUAACUACCAGGACUGUUGUUUUUAUGCAGCCCGUAAGCCAUGUGACUGAUCAUUGAAAUGGUAAAGAGCCUGGUGGUACGGUACCACCACCCAACCUAUGAGCAUUUUCAGUAAGGUGGACGUCCUCUCAAAGUUCUUCUCCUGAGACCCAUCUAAGCUGUUUGGAAAGACACUGUGAGCUGACAAGACAGUCCUAAAGUUCCACCUCUUGGGCUUUGAGUUGAAAGAAUGUUAUUCACUCCUGUUAUGUCUACUUUUCUUUGUUAAGGUUUUCAAAGGCUCACAAAGAAACUUUUUUUUUUAUUUAAACAAAAAAAAAAGGAUGGCAAUUUUAAAAAGUUGGUUUUAUGGCUGACUGGUGCUCACCGGAUAUGAUGAGAGAUGGCACUCACUGGUUCACAACUCUAUUUUUGUUUGUUUGUUUCUGUCUCUGCUGGGCUGGGUUCCCAGCAAUCCUACAUAUGUAUUUGGCCUGUUCCCCCUUUUGGUCAUGGCCUGAUGAAAACAUGGCUGCUUUGAAGAUAUCUCCUUUUUUUUAUUUAGUUAAAAAGCACCUAGCUUGUUAAAUAAGCUCAAAUGUGGGCCAUGUUGAAUGAUAUCCACAAGUGUGUCUGUGUGCGUUUGUGUCUUAGUGUUUUGAAGCAGCAGGGUUUAGUGGUGCUCUGGACUCUGGAAGUCUGCAACAGCACCACUUCUGCCUUGCAUAUACAUAUAUGAUGACAUACAAUCACAUAUUUGUUUUAUUCAGCCCCUAUCCAUUUGGGCCCAAUGUACUGGGAGGGAUAUCAAAGUAGAUUAAGCUGACGGUAUGAGGAAAAUUCCCAGUGUGUCAUAGAGGUGACUGGAGAGUCCACAUAUACUCUAUGCAUUUCCUUUUAUAGAUCAUUUGUCCUUUUGUGCUUUUUUUUUUUUGUCCAGUGAACCAUGCUAGUUACAUGAUUUUGCUCAAGUUUUAUGUUUGCUUUUACUUUAAAUGUUCUCUUCAGCCUGAAACCUUUGGUUGAGAGACCGAUUGGCUCAUGGUGAAGAGUGAGGCAGCAAGUUGCCUUAUUUAUAGCCCGUGGGUGUACGGAGGCACUGUGAGGCCAGCCUUAACACAGCCAUGUGGUUUUACCUUCGCUUCAUCCAGGCCAUUGGGUGGCCCCCAGAAUCCCAGUGGUUUGCACUUCACCUUUCCAGUCAAGCUUGUAAAUGCCUGGGGUGUGUAAAAAUAUAUAUUCCCAGUUUUGUUUUUAAUCUCUUUACUUAUGCUUAAUUUUCCCCCUUAAAUUGAACAGAUUGCGUGCUUAACGUUCUGUUCAAAUGAUUCUGUUACUAGUUCGAAGGCGGAAUAUGUCUGAAUAAUAACUUCUGAUUGGAAUUGCAUAUACAUUAGAUAUGUGAGCUACCAGGUUAGAUAAGUGGGGGGGGACUUCAUAGUGAGACAAUGACAUUCCAUAAAAUUAUAUUCAGUUUUCCCCCUAUGAAGUUGCUUCGCAACUUGUUCAUUGGCAUUUAGGACUGGGGACACAUCGCAGCAUUUAAUGGCAAAGUCACCUCCCUCAAUCAAACUGUAGGUGGAGCUUUGAACUGCUGGACGAAUAAUGCUUUCAAGUGAUCACGCCUCAACUUGAUUAAUGUGGAAUUUCCCUUUAAAAAUAUUGAUGUCAGCUGCACUGCAAUGAGUGAAACUAAAUCACGGGACUCAUUAUAGGAAGAAGUUUCCUAGAUGUGGAUAACGUUUGCAUGCUCCCCCUUUUUUUUUUGGAUAGUCUCUGCAUCUGCAUUGGAAGGUUUUAAAUUUCUCUGCAAAAAUAUCCCACAACUUGUUUAUA